AUGUCUAUUAGAAAUCCAAUUGCGUUUAAUUCAAUUCCAAUAAAUCAGUUAUUAUUAGCUGGAGGAGUUGGUUAUGGGAUAUAUGCUAUUUUAAUGUUUAGAUUUUAUCCACUGCAUGCAAGAGUUCGAAAAGUAUUUGAAGAGAAAGAUGAAAAUUUCAAGAAAGUUCAUGUUAUGUCAUUACCUCAAUUUGAAGGUAAUAGAGAUAUUGGAAAAAAAUAA